GCCGAAUUAGACAAUUCCCCGCCAGUGAAUAUCACCGAACUGGAUAGUAAAUUCCAUGAUUACGAAAAUUUGGCUCUCAAUGAAUUAGAAGCCAUUAAAAAUGACCUUAUUGCGGCUAUUAAAAAUCACCGAGCCACAAAAAAAUUGACAGUUUCCGAGGAGGAAAAAAAUGCUUACUUUGCUCGCCAAAAUGAGGUUGAUGCAUUGUUGAAACACACAACCCAAGAAGCGAUUGAAAACCAGGAAAAAGAAGCCUAUCAACGUAUUUUGGCUCAAUUCAAAGCAAAAGUCAAACAAGAAUUAGGAGCCACCCAAGCAGACGGGGAAUACUCGCCAAUCGAUAACAGCCAGAACUUCGUCGCCGUAAAAUCGGCUCGAACCAGCAUUAAGCAAAGCCGGGGAAACUCCGAUUCACCGGACAAUAACGAAAGAGGGAAAAAUCCCGUUGAAAACAACAAAAAUCAAAAAAAUAAAUCCGACUAUUCUCAACCAAUAAUGAUUGCUGUUGUGAUUGUGGCCGUAACAACCCUAAUUAUAAUGCUGACAAGCAGAGCUUUGAAAAAACGAAAAAAAUCUACUAAAAAAAACAGGCACGAAUAA